AUGGCUGGCGUUAAAACUAUUGAAGAAACUGAACAAGUGUUGGAUAAUGAGGAAGAAGAGGAAGUUGACGGUGUAGAGGAAUCCGACACCAAAGACCCCGCUAAAAAGAAGAAAAAGAAAAAAAAGAAGAAGAAGACAGCUACACCUACUGAGGGAACAGGAGAAAAUGGUACUGAAAUAGUGUCUGAAAAAAACAAUGUGGCGCCAGUUGAAAACAAUGCUGGUGAAGGUGAAGACAAAAAGAAGAAAAAGAAAAAUAAGAACAAAAAUAAAAGUGGCAUUAAAUCACAAACUAGCCCACCUACAAUUCCUAUUGCUGAGCUCUUCCCUGAUGGAAACUUCCCUGAGGGCCAGAUAAUGGACCACGGUCCAGCUGAAGGUAUUGAUGAGAGAACCGCUAAAGAUAGAUUCUCAAGUGAAGAGAAGAGAGCAUUAGAUAGGAUGCAUCAAGAUAUCUAUCAAGAGAUAAGACAUGCUGCUGAAGCACAUAGGCAGACUCGCAAGCACAUGCGUGAAUGGAUUAAACCAGGUAUGACUAUGAUUGAAAUAUGCGAAGAAUUGGAAUCAUCUGCUCGACGUCUAAUUGGUGAAGAUGGGUUGAAGGCAGGGCUGGCUUUCCCUACUGGUUGUAGCCGUAACCACUGUGCUGCUCAUUACACUCCUAACACUGGUGACACCACAGUAUUAGAAUAUGAUGAUGUCGUCAAGAUAGAUUUUGGUACACACAUCAAUGGACGUAUCAUUGAUUGCGCUUUCACGCUCCACUUCAACCCGCGUUAUGAUCCUUUGGUGAAGGGUGUUCAAGAGGCAACAGAGGCUGGUAUUAAGGCUUCCGGAGUUGAUGUGAGGUUGUGUGAUGUUGGUGCUGCAGUACAAGAGGUCAUGGAGUCCCAUGAAGUGGAAAUAGAUGGACAGAUUUACCAGGUGAAGCCAAUCCGUAACCUCAAUGGUCACUCUAUUGGACCAUACCGCAUUCAUGCGGGUAAAACAGUGCCCAUAGUAAAGGGAGGUGAAACAACGCGUAUGGAGGAAAACGAGUUCUACGCGAUCGAGACGUUUGGCUCCACGGGCCGUGGUCAAGUACACGAUGACAUGGACUGUUCACAUUAUAUGAAGAACUUUGACCAGCAAUAUGUGCCUUUACGCCUUCAAUCAUCGAAACAACUACUGAACUUGAUAAACAAGAAUUUCAGUACGUUAGCGUUCUGCAAAAGGUGGUUAGAACGCGCAGGGGCCACUCGCUAUGCUAUGGCUCUGAAGGACUUGUGCGAUAAGGGCGUUGUAGACGCCUAUCCGCCCCUUUGCGACAUAAAGGGCUGUUACACGGCCCAGUUUGAGCAUACAAUUCUCCUAAGACCAACUUGCAAGGAAGUUGUAUCGCGUGGAGACGAUUAUUAG